AUGCGCGACGCGCAGCACACAAAUGCGCAACUCCUACAGGCAAUUAUUGAUGCCGGCACCGCUGGGGUUUCGAAGCAGCUUGCUGAAGAGCAUGGAUGUGACCGCACGACUCUCUAUCGAUGGACGAAACGCCGCAAGGAAAUCGAGGCAGUGAGUGCUACCAGUAGAGUGCUCCUCCCCGGACGCAGAGGGCCCAAAGUAAAAUUCCCAGACCUUGAAAAACAGCUGCUGGGAUGGGUGACCGAUAUGCAAGACCGCUCAGAGCAAGCUGCUAUUGAGUACCUGCGUCGUUUCCGAGUCCGAAAAAAGCUGUCCGUGCGUCGAAUUACCCACAAGGGACAGCGCAAACGUUCUGAGUUGCAGGUAGUGCAGAUGAGUUUGGACACGCAUUGCGCUACAAGUUGA